AUGGCUCGCGCGUCGUCCUUCACCGCGCCCUCGGCGCGCGCCCGCGCGCUCGAAGCGCCCCGGUCGCGACGACGUCGACGCCCGCGCGCGCGCGCGCGCGCGCGCGGCUUCGCGGACGACGACGUCGACGUCGGGACGUCCCUGACGAGUCCCAGCGGCGAAAAGUUCCAACUGUUGGAGCGCCUGGGCGCCGGCUCGAGCGCGGUGACGUAUCGCGCGCGGUGCGAGUCGAACGGCGCGGACGUCGCGCUGAAGACGCUCACGCUUCGCGGCCGCGGCCGCUCGACGAACGGGGGUUUCAAGGCGGUAGAAUUGUUCGAGCGCGAGUGUGCGACGCUCAGAGCGCUCGACUUCGAGCGCGUGCCCGAGUACGUCGAUUCGUUCACGCUGGACAGCGAGUUCGAUCGAAGGUACGUCUUGGUGCAACGUUUAGCGGUCGGUCGAAAUUUAGAGGAUAAAGUGGGCGAAGGGUGGCGUCCGACGGAACGCGAGGCGCGCGAAAUUUUGAGACAGUUGCUGGAGACGCUCGAAUACACGAGCUCGUUGCGACCGCCGGUGGUGCACAGAGACGUGAAGCCGGCGAAUGUGGUGAUCGAUGACGAUGGGGAACGCGUGUUUUUGGUUGAUUUCGGCGGUGCCGCGGCGGCGGCGAUCGAUUCUGAUUCGUUCGGAUCGACGGUGGUCGGAACUUUCGGUUACAUGGCGCCGGAAACGCUCAUGGGAGGUUCAUCGCCGAAGAGCGAUCAGUACGGCGUCGGCGCGACGGUGUUGUUUCUGCUGAGUGGACGACCGCCGAGUGGGUUCAAAACAGAGCGAUUGAAGGUAAAUUUCGACGAAGUUUACAUCGAAGAUCGUCGCUUGCGCUCGGUGCUCGAGCGCUUGCUCGAGCCGUCGCCGGAAGAUCGGUUUCGCACGCCUCGAGAGGCGCUAGACGCGCUGAAUUCCGCCGCGACUCCCAUGGUGAGUGGUAGAAAUUUUCGCGGUCGAAGCGACGACGUGGUGGAACGUACGCCGACGGUGCCCAUUUAUGCGCCGGAACCUCUCGCACCGCGCGGCUCGCCGAAACCGAAAACCAUGGUCACCGAGCUCGUUCGCGACGCCGGAAAUUCAGUAUCAAUCGCGAUUCCGCCCUCAGGUGCGAAUGGUGAUGUGUUGUACAAAGCAUUCUUUGGCAUCACGUGGACCGCGAUCACGGGAUUAUGGACGGCUGGCGUGUUGGCGUCCGGCGCGUGGCUCAUGGCGUUAUUUUCGUUACCUUUUUGGAAAGUCGGCGCGGACUUGUCCGGCGAAGUCGUGCGAUCUUUCGUCGCGAAGGGUGACGUCUUCAUCGACCGAGAAAACUAUCGCGUCGCGUGCGAAGGGGGUGGGAUGAAAUUCAUCGACAAGGUGGGCGAAACCGCCGAUUUAGAAGGCUGCUUCGUUCGCCCGGACGGUUUGAUUUAUAUCAAACGCGAGGACGACACGAUGGUGCCGAUUUUAGCGAGCUUGAGUCGAAGGGAAGCCGAGUACAUCGCGAGCGAGAUAAACGCGCACUUAGACGAUUGUAAACGAUAG